AUGAAUAUGAUGGAAAAUAAAGUAAAUGACAUUCCGGUGGAAGAGAGGGAGAAAUUGUAUGAAUUGUGUAAAUCAUAUUUAGGCGACAAAUGGUCUGAGAUUAGUGCCACUGAUUUGAUUGUUAAGCCCAUAACCGAGGGCUUUGUAAACAAGCUAUAUCUAUGCAGUUUACCUGAUGGUAAACAAACUGCUCGAUAUAAUAAAGUGGUGGUUCGUUAUGUAGAUUUUGAACAGUUUAAGGAUCUAUUUAAUCAGACACAAGUCACUACUAUAAGUGUCCUGUUGUCGCAAAUCAAUAUCAGUCCCAAACUGUUGGGUGUCUUUCCCAACGGAACCAUCAAUGAGUACAUCGAUUCCAGAUAUUUCAACGCCACGGAUGACUUGAACCCGAAAACAGUGGCUCUAUUGGCACAAAAAGUGGCCACAUUUCACUCACAACGGAUACCAAUACCUAAAAACCCAAAACCAAUGAUUGAUAUGUUUUCAGACUUUCUGAGCGACGAAAUAAGACAGUCCUUCGACACCGGGAUUGUUGGCCAACAGAUACGGGACAACAACUUGCGGAUCAAAGAGUUGGAUCCGGUGGCCGAGUUGUCUUGGCUCACAACCACAAUCAAACAGCUCAAUAGCCCCACUGUAUUCUCGCAUAACGACUGUAAUCGGCGCAACACUUUGGUCAGGGAGUCCACAGUGAAUAACAACCAGGAGCUGGACAUCUAUCUCAUAGACUUUGAUUGGUGUAACUAUGGCUACCGAGGCAUAGAUAUUGGCCAAUACUUUUGCAGUUGGGGUCAAAAGGAGACCGACUUUGGCGACGGCCAGUUCCCGGCCGACCACCAGAUGUUGCAUUUCAUUGACGGCUAUAUCGACGAGAUGUGCAAAAUCCACGGCAACUCUUACCGGGAAUUACCGAUCAAUUCCCGGCAGACACUAACUAAAGAAGCAAAAGUGUUUACUCUAAUGGCAUAUAUGAAGGAUAUUCUGUAUAUUUUUUGGGAGACAACUAAUACUAAACGCACAGAUCUUAUGCCAAAGGCGGAGAUUAGGUAUAACUGCUAUCGAGAGCUGAAGAAUCGAAUUCUUAAGGAAUAUUCCGAUAUUAAUUAAAUUUAUAAAUAUUUUAUUAUUUUUAAAUUAAGUUAUGUUUGCAAUUGUUUAUAUGGAAACUUAAUUAAAAUUAAUUCAUAUUUUGGAAGUACUGAAUAA